AUGGACGGCAUUGAUACUGCCGCACGAUUCAUACUCGUCGUCGCGAGCGCGGCGUCUUUUGUCCCACAGUUGUCGCAAAUACGCAGACGCGGUGACUGCAUGGGCAUCUCCUUACUAUAUGUCCUCUUCAACCUCAUCAUCGCGACCUUCCACUUCUCACUGGCCCUGGACUUCGUGGUUAUCAACUGGCCAGGCGUCUAUCUAGUAAAUCAGCCCCUAACCCUAAGCGACUGUCUCAAUCUGUCGCAGUUCGGCGUGGUCUUCAUCGGCCAUCUCAUCAUGUAG